UACCAAAAUUUUCCGCAUAUUUACUUAUUUUUUGCGUCUGCGUAUUGACCAUCCACUAUCAAGAUCAAGAUUAAGACUCCCCUCUCCUUAACUUAUCAAACGUCUGUUAUUUUUAUCAAUUUUAACCUGGUUUUCGCUGAGCCAGCCGCCGCAGGAUCAGCGCCAGGCCGGGAGAGAGCUGGCCACCACACCCACCUCACGCACACACGCACACACACACACGCCACAAUGCUAUACUGCCCGCCAAACAUCACCUUAGCGGAAGUGUGGGUGGGGCACGGCAUCUCCCACUGUCUCCUGGAAACGGUGUGUGCUGCCACUUACACCACCUUCCUGUUGGUGUUUGGGGUGGGCCAGUGGCUAAUCUACCACAAGUAUGCCACGCCCAUUGACCAGUACCUGCGCCCAAAGUCGUGUCUCUUCGGGGUGCAGACUGCGCUGGCGGUGGUCAUGGUUCUGGUGGCGGUGGCUCGGAUCUCACUGCAGGCGACUCUGAUUGGACACCACAUCAUCUAUGGGUACAUGAUCCUGGCAUUCUGCUGCAGCCUAAUCAUUUGGCCCCUGUCGGUGCGCCUCGUGUAUCUGGAACGCAACGAACAGCUUCCGUCCGCCCCUACGAGAGGUCACGGCUUCGUCCUGUUAGUGUUCUGGACCUUAGUGUUUGUCGGAGAGAAUUUGGCCUUCCUUAAUCUGAAAAAUGAAGAUUGGUGGUUCGAUCUCAGUUCGGUGACGGAUCGGCUGGAGUUUGCGCUGUUUAUCAUCCGCUACAUCUCUGCCUGUCUUCUGUUCAUCCUGGGGUUGAAGGCUCCUGGUAUAUCAACAAUGAGAGAUUAUAUCAACUUUGGCGGGCGAAUGAGGGGGCAGGGGGAGGCGGAGGAGGACGAGGAGGGUGCAGGGUCAGGUCGAGGUCAAGGGUCAACAUGGCGAGGGUUCUUCAGGAAGCUGUCCGUUCUGCUGCCGUUCAUCUGGCCCAAGAAAAGCCCCGUUCUCCAGUGCGCUGUUCUCUUCUGCUUUAUUUUGUUGGUGCUGGGACGGGUCGCCAACGUCUUCGUCCCCCUGUACUACAAACUCAUUGUGGAUGGCCUCGGAGGCAGCGGUGGAGAGCCGACCUUUGUGUGGGAUGCAGUGCUGGUGUACGUGGCACUCAAAUUCCUGCAGGGGGGCGGCACGGGUGGCACUGGCCUUCUCAAUAAUCUGCGUUCCCUUCUGUGGAUCUCCGUUCAACAAUAUACUAGUAGAGAAGUUCAGGUACAGCUGUUCGCACACCUGCACAACCUGUCGCUGCGUUGGCAUCUGGGCCGCAAGACUGGAGAGGUGCUCAGGGUCAUGGAUCGAGGCACAAAUUCGAUUAAUUCUCUUCUCUCGUAUAUUGUGUUCAGCAUCCUGCCUACAGUAGUGGACAUCACCAUCGCGGUUGUUUACUUCACUGCCGCGUUCAAUUACUGGUUUGGUCUCAUUGUCUUCCUCACUAUGGCGAUCUACCUGGGCACCACCAUCUGGCUGACGGAAUGGCGGACAAAGUACAGGAGGCAGAUGAACUUGGCGGACAAUGAACAAAGGGCAAGAGGUGUGGACUCCCUCCUGAAUUUUGAGACAGUAAAAUAUUAUGGAGCCGAGAAUUAUGAGGUGAACAGGUACCAAGAGGCUCUCCUUUGCUACCAGAAGGAGGAAUGGAAGUCAAAUGCAUCGCUGAGCCUCUUAAACACCAUUCAGAAUUUUGUCAUCAGCGGCGGUCUCCUGGCUGGCUCCCUGCUGGCGGCCUGGUUGGUAGCAGACAAACACACCCUUACCGUCGGCGAUUACGUCCUGUUCUCCACCUAUAUAAUGCAGCUGUACUCUCCGCUCAACUGGUUCGGUACUUACUACAGAAUGAUACAGCAGAACUUCAUUGAUAUGGAGAACAUGUUUGACUUGUUGAAGGAGCGACAGGAGGUGGUGGAUGAGCCAGGAGCCCUCGCCCUGCCCGCCCCAGUGGGAAAGAUUGAGUUUAAGGACGUGUCUUUCGCCUACGCCCCCGAGAGGCAGAUCCUGAAGGGGGUGUCCUUUGUGGUGGAUCCUGGCAAGACCCUGGCUGUGGUAGGCCCAACAGGGAGCGGAAAGAGCACAAUUAUGCGUCUGCUCUUCCGCUUCUACGACGUGUGUGGUGGAGCAGUGCUGGUGGAUGGCGUGAAUGUUAAGCAAUAUCAACAAAACGAGCUGAGACAGGCAAUGGGGGUCGUUCCGCAGGACACGGUGCUGUUUAACGAGUCUAUAUUUUAUAAUAUUCACUAUGGGCGCGUGACAGCAGCAGACCAGGAGGUGAGGGACGCUGCUACUCACGCGGACAUCCACGACAAGAUUCUGACGUUCCCUGACAAAUACGACACCAAGGUGGGAGAGCGUGGCCUUAAGCUGAGUGGGGGAGAGAAGCAGAGGGUUGCCAUUGCCAGGACUAUCUUGAAAAACCCAACCUUUAUCCUGCUUGACGAGGCAACGAGUGCUCUAGACACGCAGACUGAGAGGAACAUACAGACGGCGCUGCAGAGGGUGUGUACCGGCCGGACUGUGGUGGUUGUGGCGCACCGGCUGUCCACUGUCAUCCACGCAGACACCAUUGUGGUACUGAAGGAGGGAACCAUCGUGGAGAGGGGGAGACAUGACGAACUGCUGGCUAGGGGUGGAGAGUACAGCCGGAUGUGGCAACAGCAGCUAGAGGCGAAUAAUAAUGAUGGUAAUGGUGGUGGUGGUGAUGGUGGUGGUGAUGGAGGUGGUGGUGGUGGUAGUGGUGGUGAUGAUGGUGGUAGUGUUGUGAAAGUCUAAUAUUUUGUCUGAUUUUCGUUUCUCUCUCUCUCUCUCUCUCUCUCUCUCUCUCUCUCUCUCUCUCUCUCUCUCUCUCUCUCUCUCUCUCUCUCUCUCUCUCUCUCUCUCUCU